GAAGCGUAGACUCCCAUUCCCUCAUUUCCUAGCUUUCUAGGGAAGAGCACUGAACUUGGAGUACUUUCUCUUGCUAACGCCGCGGUUUGAUGUCGGUGCUUGGAUGACUGACUUCAUCCUUCUGAGCCUCAGUUGCCCCAUCUGUCCCAUGGGGUUGAAAGAGACCCCCCCGGCCGCCCUCCUCUUUCCUUCGUUCCUGUGGCUGGGGGGGUGUCUCCUCCUUCCACGACAUGGAGCCCUCUCUGUCACCCAGUGGGGCGGCGCUCCCCCUACCUCUGGCGCUGGCUGCCCCGCCGCUGCCUCUGCCAGCAGCUGCAGUGGUGCAUGUGUCUUUCCCUGAAGUGACCAGUGCCCUCCUGGAGUCCCUCAACCAGCAGCGGCUGCAGGGCCAGCUCUGCGAUGUGUCCAUCCGAGUUCAGGGACGGGAGUUUCGUGCUCACCGGGCUGUCCUGGCUGCAUCCUCUCCUUACUUCCAUGACCAGGUCCUACUCAAAGGCAUGACAUCCAUCUCAUUGCCAAGUGUCAUGGACCCAGGUGCUUUUGAGACUGUCCUGGCCUCAGCGUACACGGGCCGCCUCAGCAUGGCAGCUGCUGACAUUGUCAACUUCCUCACGGUGGGCUCAGUCCUUCAGAUGUGGCACAUUGUGGACAAGUGCACUGAACUCCUUCGGGAGGGUAGACCCUCGGCCACUACAAGCACUGUCGCUACUGCUGCAGCCCCCUCUGUCUCUGUCCCUGGUGCCAGUGUCCCAUCAGGGAGUGGGGCCACUAUAGCCCCUGCCAGCAUGGGCUCAGUCCGCUCCCAUACUUCCAGCCGGGCCAGUGAGAAUCAGUCCCCCAGCAGUAGCAACUACUUCAGCCCCCGGGAGUCCACCGAUUUCUCCUCUUCCUCCCAAGAUGCAUUUAUAGCUUCAGCGGUUGGCUGUGGGAGCCGUCGAGACGGUGGCCCUGUGUUCCCAGUCCCCGUGGUUGGCAGUGCGGGUACCACCUCCGGAAAGUUGCUGCUAGAGGCGGAUGAACUGUGUGAUGAUGGUGGGGAUGGGAGACGGGCUGUGGCCCCUGGGGCUGGGCUCCGGAGGCCCGCCUGCGUGCCUGCCGGUGCUGCACCACAGAAACACUGGGUGUAUGUGAAGCGAGGUAGAAAUUGCCCUGCGCCAGCUUCUCUGGUUCAGCAAGACCCUGAUCUAGAGGAUGAGGAAGAAGAGGAAGAUCUGGUGUUGACGUGUGAGGAUGAUGAGGACGAAGAACUGGGGGGUGGCCCUGGGGUUCCUGCAGGGGAAGAGCCUGAGGCUACUCUCAGUAUCAGUGAUGUGCGGACCUUGACCGAGCCUCCAGAAAAAGGGGAGGAACAGGUCAACUUUUGUGAGUCCUCUAACGAUUUUGGCCCCUAUGAGGGUGCGGGGGGAGGAGCAGGGCUUGAUGACUCAGGAGGACCCACCCCUUCCUCCUAUGCCCCCACCCACCCUCCACGCCCCCUCCUUCCGUUGGAUGUGUCCGGCAACCAGAUCUUGGUUUUCCCAUCGUCGUCACAGGCUCCAGGCCAGCCCCUAGGGAACACGACCGAGCACGGGGCAGUGACCCUGGGAGGCCCCUCUGCGGCGGGUCUAGGCAUAGCAAGUGGCUCUGGUGGAGCCCCUGGAGGGACGGGCAGCAGCGACGGGAAUAAGAUUUUUCUUUGCCACUGUGGGAAGGCUUUCUCACAUAAGAGUAUGCGGGACCGGCACGUUAACAUGCACCUCAACCUGCGACCUUUCGACUGCCCCGUGUGCAACAAAAAGUUCAAGAUGAAACACCACCUGACCGAGCAUAUGAAGACACACACGGGGCUCAAGCCCUAUGAGUGCAGCGUCUGCGCCAAGAAGUUCAUGUGGCGAGAUAGCUUCAUGCGGCACCGGGGACACUGUGAGCGCCGGCACCGGAUGGGUGGGGCCGGACCCGGACCCGGCCUAGGGACUCCUACUGGGCCAGCCCUGCAACCCAAGAGGGAGUCUUCCGUAGUGGGUGGGGGCAGUAGCGGUGAGGCGAAUUCGGCCACACCCCCAUCCCAUAGGCGUGUCUGGUCCCCGCCCAGCGUGCACAAGGUGGAGAUGGAUUUCGGUGGAGGCGGAGGAGCACACUGAGGGACACGCAUUUUGGGAACUUAGUCUAUGGGCAACGUGGCCCCCUGGGGUUUCUACACUACCCUGCUUUCCCUUAUCUCUGUGGACUUGUAUAUAUUCUAGAGGGGGCAUAGGUUGUACCAUCGCCAGCCGGUUCCAUUCCUCAGCCCCUUCCUCCGUUCCGUCGGUGUCUCUGGAACUAAGCCUUUUUUCUACUCUCUUGGGCACACCAGUGCCUCACCUUUACGAAGCAGGGCCCACACGGCGAGGGAAUGGAAAUUUAAGCAUCCAGGAGUCGCAGGGCCAACGGUCAGGUUGUGCUAGUUUGUGCCUGGUCUGUGUUUGUUGUGGGAUGAGGCCUUUUGAGCUUUAUUCUUUCCCUUUCUGGAGGGUACGCCCCUUUUUUCUGUAUUACCCUACUCUCCCCAGGGGGAUCCCGAAUUGGUUUUUCAUUAAAGUAGGCGGAGACAAGGAGUUGGUCAUGUAGUAUAGGUUUUAAUUCUUAACGGUGAUUAAAAUAUUUAUUGGUCACUUCA